GCGGAGGCAAGGCUUCAGUAUCCUUUCUUGCAGGGAUUUCCGCCGGAGGCGGCGGCGCCGCCGCCCCACCAGCUUCAGCACUACUCCCAUCUGCCACCCUUGGGCAUCAGCCUUCCAAAUGGUGAACCCCACAUGGAAAAAAAAUGUGCAAGAGGAAAGGCGGAAAAGGUGUUUUGGAGAUAGUUGUGGGUCUUUUGGUAAAAGAAGGGAAGCACCGCGCGGCAAGGCGAGAAUUGCCCACUGUCUUUGUCAGGAUUACUGAAAUGCCCCUGGACUGCGGCCAUUUUUUCCCUUUGAUUCGGCAACUGAUAAGAUUGGUUACUAACAUAAAGAUAUUUCAAGAGUAGUUUUGUUUGGUGUCAAGCAAAUUUUUCUAUUAGUUGGUUAUUGCGUUUUUUCUGCAUGCCGUUGACCGUUGAUCUAAUUCUACUCACUGUUUUUUUUGGUAAGAUUACUCUUUAGAUUUUACUAAGUAGUCAGGAUCUUGUGUAGGUUCUUUGCUAUGUUCCAUUGAUUUUAUGCAUUCUAAUACGACAAAUGCUUGUAGCUUGAAUGCAACAUAUACGCUAAAUAAUGUUUCAUACGGAUUACCACUGAUAUCUAUCGAGUCUUGAUAUAUGAAUAUUUUCCGGUGCUUAAUAAAUCAAGCUGUUCCUACUGGUUAUUUUGUUUGCGCUUCACAGGUUCUGGUAUCAAAAAGAAGGAAAAAAAGUUGAACUCCUUGAACAAUUCUCUGCUAUCCUAAUUUUAUCCAUCUGCUUGUGCUUAUCAAGAAUCUAUUCAUACCUUUAUUCCAUGAAAAAUCCUUUGACAUUGGUCUUGGAUAUAAAGGGUGCUCAGAUAAGAAAUUCUCUUUUUUUCUGGUAGCAGGAUAACAUAACUAUUACUAACAACUACCAAAUUAUUGAUUGGGAUUAUCAAUUUUGAUUCUGCGGUAUAAAUACGGUCAUAUAUAAGUACCUGCUGUUGUUCUUUUACAUCUCGUUCUUUUGCUUCUUUUUCUUCAUGUGCUUCCUUCAUUUAGAUUUUUUGUUUUAAACUACUUGUAGGUUUAGGUUGCAUUGUGUUCUGUGGUUUGAGUUGGUGAACGUGUGAAGACUGACAAGUUCUACUGUGGGUAACAUGAUGCACAGCUCUGUUAUAUCAGAUUAUGACCUGGGUGGAGAAGGGGAUCUAUUCAAAGCUCCUAAACCCAUCAUAGAGGAACUAAUACUUCCGCUUGAUCCCAUGACAUUUGCCAUGUCCACUAUAUCUGGAGGUGAUGAUGUCAUCACAGAAACAUUUAAGGUUGGGGACAUGGAGUCGACCCAAAUUGAUCAUCUACUGAAUGAUGUCUUCUAUGAGUGCAAGAAGGACCUCCUAGAGAAAUCUGCAAUUGAAGAGUCAUUUUCUGAGGUAUUAGAUGUAAAGUUUCCUGCAGUGCAAAUAGAAGAAGAUUCAAAUACAGAGAAAAUUAGAUUAGUUGCGGAAGGACCAUUGCAGAAAAGUAUCAGCUCUGGGUGUCUAACCUCAAUGGAGUGGAUCCACGAGAGCACAAUUAUACCAAAGUUUCUUGAUUUUCAAGGACUGGAUUUUGAAGCUGCAUUUGGGCUGAGGAGAGCAUACAGUGAUGGGGAUAUUCAGAAUCUUGGCAAUAAUAAUACAAAUUUUGGGAGCACAAGUGCUGUUCGUUCGUCAUUUGAGCGGCUUUUAACCAUCAGCGACCUCAAGAGUGAAGAACGAAGGCAAAAGCUUUCCAGAUAUAGAAAGAAGAAGACCAAGAGAAACUUUGGCAGGAAAAUCAAGUAUGCUUGCAGGAAGGCCCUAGCAGAUAGUCAGCCAAGGGUACGUGGAAGGUUUGCGAAGACUGAAGAAUGCGAGGUUUCGAGGCCGAACAAGUAAAUGUAUAUUAUUCCACUGGGAAAUGGUUAGAGUUACAAGGGUGCGAGCCCCUCAACAGAGGUCAACAACCGUAUGUGGCUUCUGGAUUACUGAAGGAAACCUCUGUCGUUGGGAUAUCUGCUUUGAUGUAAUAAAAUAAUUGUCGCUCGACGGACAUGGAGCUGUGCUCCUGUAAAAAGUUUUGAAUAAAAUGAAAUUUUCUACCUCA